AUGAAAGGUGCCAUGGACAUGUUGGUGAAGUGCCGUCUAGGAGUUCUAGGAGAAUUGAUUGCCGAGUUCGGACUGAAGCUGAAUGUGGGUUUCGUGCCUUUGAAGAGAAACAGGGCAGACGCACUGACCAGGGUGAAAAAGGCGUGGUUGGAGGAACCAGAGGAGGCACAGAAAGGGAUAGCUGCGGUGUGUCGGUUGGAUGACUCGGAACUGAAGAGACGGCACGCUAUGUAUCACUUAGGUGUGGACAGGACCCUGUAUCUUGUGAAGAAAAUUGAUAAUGACGUUACUAGGAGAAGCAUCCGGGAAGUGGUUGGGAGCUGCGACAGGUGUCAGUCCAUUGACCCUGCUCCAUGUGGGCAUGAGCAAGGAAACCAUUCGGUGGAGCACAAGUGGAAGAGGCUAGCUGUGGAUAUGACGCACUACCGUCAGGGAAUGUAUCUUUCCAUGGUCGAAUGCAGGCUGGGAAUUUGGAGUGAGUUGAGAAUGGGCAUUGCUGACGAGAUGCCGCAGAUUUUGAACAGGAUAUUUUUAGAGAGGGGUCCUGUGGAAGAAUUGCUAAUAGACAACGGGGCGGCAUUUCAUUCGGAAGCAUUGAGGGAUAUGCUCGACCGGUGGAAAGUGCAUCGCUUGUUCAGAGCAGCAUAUAGGCACCAUUGGACAGUCAAGGCCAUAGCAGAAAGAGGGCACAUUUUGCCACUGGAAGCAAUUUUUUGGUACAACAUGUCUUCCCGAUCUGGACAAGCUGAAGAAUCUGUGCUGCACAGAGCGGUAUUUAAAUAUGAAUGGAGGCAUCUGAGUAAAGUGCUGGAGGGCCAAGAGGAAGAGAAGGGACCCGCUUGCGUGAAAAUUGGGGAGGAAGUCUGGGUAAACCACCGAAGGCCCGCUGUACGUCUCAAUGGAGCAGAGGAACGGUGA